UCUUAGUCUUAAAAAUCAGUCUGUCCCGAUCACAGCAAACGCUCUUGAAUAUAAUUUGAAUUCGUUGAAAAAGUUCUCUUCAAAAAAUAAACAUUUUAACAUAUUUUGUUGAGCCAACAAUUGUUUGCUGAUAUCAACGAUGGAACGCGCUGUUGGAAAUUUUGAGAACAAGUUCAAGUGCCUGGUGAAGGCCGAAGGCAAGGGCAUGGCCCUGAAACUGGUGGGAUUCUACGCCGUCGGCUGGACCCUGCGCAAGUUGGUCAAGUGAAGCGUUGCGAGUCCCAAGGAUCCAGUUAGUCGUUUUCAGUUCUUGUCCCCCUUUUCAAAUUCAAUGUACAAAUAAAUUGUGGGCUUACCUCAAAA